CGCCCUGCCGCCGCCGCCGCGGCCGGAAGAGCCGAGCAGCCCAGCAGCUGCUGUCGGCGCCAGACGCCGCGGCGGCCGCGGAGAGAGCGCUGGCCGCAGGAUGCGGCCCCUGGACGGUACCGGGGCCGCCGAGCUGCCGGAGGCCGGGCUCGCGCUGACGGACGAUGCGCCCCCGGGCGCGAGCGAGGAGCCUGCGGCCGCCGAGGCAGCGGAGACGGCCGCUCCCGGCAGGUGCUGGCUGUGCCGCUCCUCGCCGUGCGGCUCGUGCGCGCAGCCGGAAGCCAAGAAGAAAGCACCCUGUCCUGGACUUGGCUUGUUUUACACAUUAUUUUCUGCCUUCCUUUUCGCGUUGGCCUCUUCACUGGUUAAAAAAGUGGAAGACGUCCAUGCUGUAGAAAUUAGUGCAUUCCGAUGUGUGUUCCAAAUGAUAGUUGUUAUCCCUUGCUUAAUAUACAGAAAAAGUGGGUUUCUAGGCCCCAAAGGUCAACGCAUCUUCCUGGUUCUCAGAGGGUUCCUUGGUUCUGCCUCCAUGAUGUUUGCAUACUACGCUUUCCAGACGACGUCCCUCGCUGACGCCACGGUUAUCUCGUUUACCUGUCCAGUGUUUACGUCCAUAUUCGCUUGUAUAUUUCUCAAGGAAAAAUACAGCCCUUGGGAUGCUCUCUUCACCGCCUUCACAAUCGUCGGAGUGAUCUUGAUCGUGAGGCCACCAUUUUUGUUUGGUUCCGACACUAUGGAGAUAAAUGAAAGCUAUUCGGUUCACCUGAAGGGCACGUUCGCGGCAAUCGGACAUGCCGUGUUUGCUGCCAUGACUCUGGUUAUCCUAAGAAAAAUGGGGAAAUCUGUGGACUACUUUUUGAGCAUUUGGUAUUAUGUAGCACUUGGCCUCAUCGAGGGUAUCAUCGUCCUCUUUAUAUUAGGAGAAUGGAGUCUGCCAUACUGUGGGUUGGACAGGCUAUAUCUCAUACUAAUUGGGCUGUUCGGUUUGGGGGGUCAGGUGUUUCUCACGAAAGGAAUUCAAAUAGAAAAAGCAGGGCCAGUAGCAAUAAUGAGGACUAUGGAUGUGGUCUUUGCUUUUAUCUUUCAGAUUAUUUUCUUUAACGAUGUGCCAACGUGGUGGACGGUGGGUGGCGCUCUCUGCGUAGUAGCCAGUAGUACCGGAGCGGCCAUUCGUAAAUGGUGCCAGAGUUCCAAAUGAAGCAUCAUUGCCAAAAUGUCUCUUUUUUUCAAGGUCACCGUCACCCCGUUCAGACACACCACACACGCACACACCUGGAAAAUCUGCAUUACUUCAUUGAUAUUAAAUAAAUUUCAUAAUUAAAGUACCAUUUUUGAAUUUAGUAUGUCUUUAAUUAGCUAAGACUAGCCAGUCAGUUGGUCUAGCAAUUAUUUUUUCAGCAAUUAUAUUUUGUUUUUUUUUUUUUGUUGAGGUGGUGUUGGUAAGAGGACAAAUCACUAGAGAAAAACUACAAGAUUGUUUAUGACUCUAGUAUAAAUAUAGGUAGUUUCUUAAAGUGUAUUUUUUGGUACCGAUGGGAGUUAGGUGGCGAGGAAAUUUUAGAUGUGUUUUUAGCAGUAUAGAGGUAAGAAACUUAGUGAUAAUAAUGCUGCUAUAAUUAGUAUUAUGUUGAUAAUUCAUUUGAAACAUAAUUCCAUGUAGGAGGCCAAAGCUGAAACUUGGAAUUGGUGCCUCCUUAGUGGUGUUAAUAAUGCAAAUGAAUUAGCCUUAUUUUCAAGGCUUUUAUAAAUGGUUAUCAUUCUUUUAACCCAUAUUUGUGCCUUUUCAUUUUAAUGCUGGAAUUUUUCUAUGUAAACUUUUAAAAAAGUCUUUAAAUCACCAAAUUUGGCUAAUAGUUUUCUCUUUCAGUGUCAUUAGCAACUGUAGCUAUCAUUCUGUAAUUUUAAUUGUCCUCUGUUUUUUGGAAAUUGCACCAAAUUUUUGCUAACUUUCUAAGAUUUCAGGUCUUUAAAUCACAAGAGGGAUUCUUGGCAUGGCCAAUGUGCACACUUUCAUCCUGAAGUGUUUUCCCCUUCACUAGAAAUGUGCUUUUCUAUAAAUUCUCUUUGAAUUUAUAGUGUGAUGCCAAAUAAAAUUUUCUCAGGAUUUCA